UUAGUAAACACAAAAACCAGAGACCAAACCUUUUUGGGGUAAAUUUAAUUCAAUCACCUCUUACCUAUUUUCCCUCAACCCCCACGAUUUCCUUCUCCUUCUCAUCUCAUGCAUUUGACAUUCCCUUGAGAGUUUUCAUCUGUAAACUUGACAGGGAAUGUUAGAAUCCUCCGGAAAAUCAGGAGAAAUGAUGAGAUGUUUGCUUCUCAUUUCCCUGUUGAUCCAUUCAGCAUUGGCCCAGGAUGUAGGGCCGGAGGAGCCUCCUCCAUUAGGCCAGAAAGGAGGGCCAGAUGAGCCGCCUCAAGGGAAGAAAUGGCUGACAUUAAAUGGUAGAGAGCCCCUGAUUGUAGCUCGUGGAGGGCUAUCGGGGCUCUUUCCAGAAUCGAGCAAUUAUGCUAAUAGUAUGGCCAAGUCCCUGAGUUUGAUAGGCACAGCUCUCUACUGCAAUCUACAAUUAACGAAAGAUAGCGUGGGAAUAUGCCUGUCAAACAUUCUGCUUGAUAAUACAACAACAAUAUCUACGGUACACCCUAAUGGCGACAAAACUUACAACGUUAAUGGGAAGGAAGUUCAUGGGUGGUUCGCUUUAGAUUUCACAGCAGAUCAGCUGUCAAAGUUGACAUUGACUCAAAACAUCUUUUCCAGACCAGAUCAAUUUGACGAUGCUUUGCCUAUAUCGACGAUUGAGGAUGUUUUAAAUAGCAAACCUGACCAGUUUUGGUUGCAUGUGCCGUACGAUACAUUUUAUAACGAACACAAAAUCAGUCCAGCGGCAUUUGUACAAAGGCAAAUGAAAGUUGCAGACAUCAAUUUCCUUUCAUCUCCUGAGAUUGGUUUCUUGAAAACUAUCGGUGGAAAAGUGGACAAAUUGAAGACCAAGCUCAUCUUCGAGUUCCUAGGCCCCGAUGAGAUUGAACCCACAACUAAACAAAAGUACGGUGAAUUGCUGAAGAAUCUUGGAAUGAUCAAGUCACUAGCAGCUGGGAUCCUUGUUCCAAAAGAAUUCAUAUACCCUGUUACCCCAAAUAAUUAUUUGGAUGCUCCCACUACUCUGGUGGCAGAUGCUCACAAAGAAGGGGUAGAAGUAUAUGCUAAAGGCUUUGCAAACGAUCAAAAUAUCCCUUACAACUAUAGUAUGGAUGCAACAGCAGAAAUCCAACAGUUCGUAGAUAAUUCUGAUCAAUUUUCUGUUGAUGGGUUGCUUACAGAUUUCCCACCUACGGCAUCAGAAGCCAUUGCAUGCUUUUCACAUAACAAGGAUGCCAAGCCUUACAAAGGAAGUCCAUUGAUCAUAAGUAGAAAUGGAGCGAGUGGGAACUAUCCUGGUUGCACAGACCUUGCUUAUCAGAGAGCAGUAGAUGAUGGCGCUGACAUAAUCGAUUGCUCAGUCCAAAUGUCAAGUGAUGGAGUUGCCUUCUGCUUAGAUUCCAUAGACCUCAACUCAGGCACCAAUGCAUUGGUUCAAUUUAUGACCAAGAGUGAGACUAUCCCUGAACUGCAACCUGAAGCUGGAGUCUUCUCGUUCCAGCUCACAUGGGAGGAGAUUCAGUCCUUGAAACCCCAACUGCAAAGUCCCUACGGACCCAAGGGAGACUUGUAUAGAAACCCAGCUAAAAAGGAUGCAGGCAAACUGGUGACCCUUAAUGAAUUCCUAGAGUUCGCCAAGAAAAAGGCAACUACUGGAAUUUUGAUCGACAUUGAGAAUGCGCCAUACCUAGCAUCAAAGGCCGGUCUGGACAUUGUUGGUACCGUAAUCUCUGCCUUGAAAAAUGCCUCACUCGACAAGCAAUCGACUCAACAAGUCAUGAUCAAAUCAAAUGACACUUCAGUCCUGUCCAAAUUCGCUGAUGAGAAAACAUACAAAAGAGUGUUCAGCAUUAAGGAGCAAGUAGGUUCUGCACCAAAGCAAUCGAUUGACGAGAUCAAGAAGUUUGCAGAUGCAGUAACUGUCAGCAAAAAUUCGGUUAUUCAGUCCAACUCUUUCUUCAUCUCGGGAGAAACUGGCAUCAUCAAGGAAUUGAAGGCUGCAAAUCUUUCAGUGUACAUCCAUUACCUGAAAAACGAAUUCCUCAGUCUCAUGUUUGAUUAUCUCUCAGACCCCAUUACCGAAAUAGCUACAUAUGCUCAAGGAUUCCAUGUUGAUGGAAUUGUGACUGAUUUCCCAGGAACUGCUAGCAAAUAUAUGAAAUGUGCAUGCACUGAUCUUAACCCUCAGGCCAAUAUCCCAUAUCCAAUUUUGCCGAUUGAACCCGGUUCUCUCCUCAGCUUGCUACCCCCUGAGAAAGUGGCACCAGCAGCAGCUCCCCUACCAGCUCUCGAAGCUAGUAGCAUAGUUGACCCACCACUUCCUCCAGUGGCACCCAAAAAGGAGACCAAGCCCGACUCAGACUCCCCGUCCGGUGACAAGCCUGCUCAUGCUCCUGCACCGACCGGAAAAUCAGGCGCAUUGGCAAAUGCAGCAAACUGGGGUGUUUCUUUGGUAGCAAUAAUGGUGCUUAGCUUAUUGUCUAUGGGAAAUUAAGUGUGUGACUUUUGGUUUUUUGGUUUUUCUCUAACCUAUCUCGUAUGCCCAGUAAUAUCUCCAAGCUUCUUGUGAAAAAAACCAAAACACAUUGCACGAGUCUCUGUACAAUAUUAAUAGUAUAGUAAAUCUCUCUCAUUAUAGUA